AUGGCUCAAUUCAGGGAGGUGCUAGAGAAUAACAGUCUCUCUGAUUUGGGCUGUUGUAGUGGUUUUUUCACUUGGAGCAACAGGCACUCGGAUACUACUUUUACAAAAGAAAGAUUAGAUAGGUAUGUGGCAAAUACUCAGUGGAGGGAGCUGUUUAAAGGGGUUAGAGUGGAAGGUCUUACAGGAAGAUGUUCAGAUCAUCUUCCCAUUUUAUUAACUAUGAUGGGAAAAGAGGAAAAACAGUGCAAAAGGAAGUUUCCCUUUAGAUUUGAGGUCGGUUGGAUCAAAGAAGAUAAGUGUGAGCAGCUUGUUAGGCAAGGCUGGAAUAGAAAGGGAUUUAUGGGUGAUCCCAUUAGAAGAGUUUCUGCAAUGUUGGAGGCAUGCAAAGGGGGUCUGGUGGGGUGGUUCAAGAAUAAGGAUCGAGAUAGGGCCAAUGAUAUAGAGAAGUUAACUGAGAAGAUUCAAAAGGUACAAGAGUAUGAGGGACCACAGAAUACAGAAGAACUUAGAUAUCUUUAG